AAAAACAGGAUGUACGGUGUGGAUGGUACAUGCCGGUGGUGUACCAUAUACAUAGAAAUAAUUUGGUUGCUAGUGUAGCACCAUGUCGGUUGCAGCACAGAGCACGUACAGAUAUGUGGCGUCUUUCCUCUCCACCUUCAUCACCGACACCUCCUCCUGCCUCCUCCUCCAUGAAUCGCCUCUUCAAGAGCCCGGCGACGCUGACCCGGUGUUUGUCGGGUGGCCUGAGCCCACCCGACAAGUUGCGGUUCACUCGUCAGCUCUUCCGAGCAGAGUCGCCGGAAACAAUGCUCAAGUGCUCCGCGAAUUAUGCUCCUCUGACGCCCAUAAGUUUCCUGGAAAGAGCUGCAAAUGUGUACACAGAAGGGACUUCGGUCGUGUACGCAGGUUGUGUCAAGUACACAUGGGAGCAGACCCAUCGGAGGUGUCUCAAACUUGCUUCUGCUCUCACCCGAUUGGGCAUUUCUCAUGGAGACGUGGUUGCCACACUGGCACCUAAUGUACCAGCAAUGCAAGAGCUGCACUUUGCGGUGCCAAUGGCUGGAGCAGUCCUUUGUACAUUAAACACUCGCCUUGAUUCAUCCAUGGUGUCCACACUUUUGGCACAUUCAGAAGCUAAGGUCCUUUUUGUACACUGUCACCUUUUCCCGAUCGCUCUAGGAGCAGUCAAUCUUCUAAUAGGCAGCAAAACCAAUCCCCCACUUCUUGUUUUGGUAAUGGAGCCCGGAGAAGGCACAGUUUCCGAUUCCCGUGUGCCCGAUCACCAUGAGUACGAGGCAAUCUUGGAGAGCGGGGAUUCGGGUUUCGGGAUCCGGUGGCCGAGAAAUGAGUGGGACCCGAUUUGCAUCAACUACACUUCUGGCACGACAUCAAGGCCAAAGGGUGUUGUUUAUAACCAUAGAGGUGCAUACCUUAACACCAUUGGCACCCUGUUUGUUCACGAGAUGAAUUUUAUGCCAACUUAUCUUUGGACGGUCCCCAUGUUCCACUGUAACGGGUGGAACAUGGUUUGGGGCAUGGCGGCUUUGGGUGGCACCAACGUGUGCCUUAGGCGUUUCGGUCCCAAAGACAUAUUUGACAACAUUGCCCUCCACAAGGUCACUCACAUGGGAGCCGCACCGACUGUGUUGAACAUGAUUGUCAACUCAUCACCAGCCGACCGGAAACCGCUCCCCCACGCCGUUAAGGUCAUGACGGGUGGUUCACCGCCGCCUCCACAGCUCCUUUCCAAAAUGGAAGAGAUGGGUUUCGGUUUGAUUCACAUCUAUGGGCUGACCGAGACUUACGGUCCGAGCACAUUUUGCAUGGAGAAGCCGGAGUGGGAUUCUCUGCCUCCUGAAGAAAGACAAAAGAUGAAAGCAAGACAAGGGGUGGCCCACUUUGGUUUGCGGGACGUCGAUGUAAGACACCCCGCCACUACAGAAAGCGUUCCGGCGGACGGCAAGACCAUGGGGGAAGUGAUGUUUAGAGGGAACACUGUUAUGUGUGGGUAUCUGAAGGACCCAAAAGCCACAGAAGAGGCAUUCAGGGGUGGGUGGUUCAGAAGUGGUGAUUUGGGAGUAAAACAUCCGGACGGGUAUAUACAAGUUAAAGACAGGUCUAAGGACAUCAUAAUAUCUGGGGGAGAGAACAUAUGCAGCGUGGAAGUGGAGGCCGUUUUGUAUGGUCAUCCCGGGGUGCUUGAAGUGGGAGUGGUUGGGAGACCGGACAGGCAUUGGGGAGAGACGGCUUGUGCCUUUGUGAAACUGAAAGAGGGGUUCGAAGCUGAUGGGAAUGAGCUGAUUGGUUUCUGUAGGGAACGGUUGCCUCAUUAUAUGGCCCCUCGCUCGGUUGUGUUUGGGGAUUUGCCCAAGACAUCCACCGGAAAGAUACAAAAGUUUGUGUUGAGGGACAAAGCCAAGGCAUUGGGCAGUCUUUUCUGAUUCCACUUUGUGAUGCCCACCCACAUACUCCAUCUCUUCUCAUCUAUUUGUUCCUCAUCCCCAUUUGCCAUGGUCCAAAAUGUUUCAUGGUCCUAUUUAAGCUUUUCCCAUCAAAUAAAAAAUUUAAGCUUGGUCAUAGAACAACACCGAGUCUAUGUUCAUGGUGCUACUGAUUCUUUAUUUAUGUUGCCUAAAAAAUCUAUAGUUAUAAUAGUAAAGCUCAGUUUUUAGUUGCUGAUUUGU